AUGGCCUUAGCGUCACCAUCCGCUUCUGGCCGCUCGCCCGUCGUCUCGUUUGCCCAACUACCCUUUGGCGUAGUGACUUUGGGACGGACCGCCAAUGUCACCAAAGGAUACGGCCGUUCCCUGCUGUGGUUCAGCAACGGCGCCGUCGAAAUUCUGCGCGAAAAAAGGGCUCGAGGAAGUAGGCCACAGUAA